AUGGCGAUGCGCAACUUGCACCUACGCAGUCUUGCAAGCGGCCUCUUUCAAAGAGCCAGCAUCUCCAGACAAUGCAUUCGACCUUUCCACCGCAAAGUGGCACCCUCAGUGCCUUCGCCGACCCCCUUUGUCCCGGAUGUUCCAACCUUCCUUGCCUUGAUCGGUCGUGAAAUGUCGAAACAUGCGAGCAAGAUCCCUUCCUGGGAGCAACUCUUCACCUCCAACUCCAACCAACUCCGAGAAUUCGGCAUUGAGCCCGCUCGCCAGCGACGGUACCUUAUCCGGAAGCGCGAAAAGUUUCGCAAUGGGCUCUACGGCCCUGGAGGAGACCUGGAUCAAGUAGUCGACGGAGUCGCACAGCUACGAGUUGUGGAAAUUCCCGUUGAGGCUGCCGACGCAGAACAGAAACAAGGUGCCAGCUCGGCAACCUUGACCCCCGGCAUGAAGAAAACGAUUGUGAAUUUGGCUCCCGGUGUGACGGAAUACAAGCACAACCCGUUCGACCCGCUCAAGAAGUUCGCCCACAUGAAGAUCUAUUCUAGCUCCAAGAUCAGGGGUCCAUUUUUGAAACCUGUCAAGGGCAGCCACGGGUCGGCAGCGACCAUUGCUGUCCAGGAGGGCAUGUGGGAAGACAAACGCGGACAGAAAGUGGACGGUGGUGAACGACGACGAGUCGAGGUCAGGGCCAGGAUGAGACUCGAGGAACGAAGAAAGCGCGCGUGA